CCAUCCCGGCAGGUGGCGCUGCAACCACAACAUAUGUGGACUGACACACACGAAGAAAUUCACUAUGGAAUUCACCCAUGCGUCUUCCGUAGUCUCUAGUAACAGCAUCAAGCAAGCAGACUUGUGUGAUAUUAAAAUAUGAACUAUACACAUCCAAUGACAGGUAAAGAAGGGGAAGGAAUGAGCCACAAAACAAGAAAGGAAGUCAUACACACCUUUCAAGUCAACUUCUUCGCCACGAGUCUUUUAAAUACAUUUCCAUGGGAUGCUUUAGACAGAGAAAUUAUGACUACAACAACUUCAGACAUCAUAAUGGAGAUUCUUCAGAAGACAUGUUUACAUCCGAUUUGCCUCAAGAAUCCCCCCUCUUUGAAAUACAGAAGACGCUUCCUGACAGAAUUGAUAAAAAGGCAUGAGAUGUUGGCUGCUGAACCUCUGGAUGUACUGUAUGAAGCGCUCGGAGAGGUCAUAUGUGCACAGGAGGAGGACAUGUGCUACAAAACCUACUUAUUGCCAACAGGAGAUGCUGUUAGUCUAGCAGAGAACGUGGCUCUCAUCUCCCAAGGAACCACAGGUCUGGUUACCUGGGAGGCUGCCCUGUAUCUGUCUGAAUGGGCUUUGGAGAAUACACACAUCUUCAAAAACAAGACAGUGCUAGAGCUGGGCAGCGGAAUUGGACUUACUGGCAUUGUAGUGUGUCGGUCAUCCAGCCUAACCAAAUACAUCUUCAGCGACUGCCAUCAAACUGUCCUUCAGAGGCUGAAGGACAAUAUCACAAACUGCUUAACUAACUGUGACAGCAACAGUGCGUCAGUGUGUGUGGAGGAACUGGACUGGGAAAAUGUGUCUGACGAGCAGCUGCAAAGAAUACAGGCCAACACCAUCAUUGCCGCAGAUGUGGUGUAUGAUCCUGAUAUAAUUGCUUGUUUGGUGAGACUGCUGAGCAGGCUUCUGAACUGCAAAGUUGAAGAACAUCCUGAUGUUUACAUUGCAUCUACUGUACGCAACCCACAGACGUAUGACUGCUUCAAGAAAGAAUUAGAAAUGGCUGGACUGAGACACGUCGUCAUGAAAGAUUCUGUCGCUCAAGUAUUUCCAUACAACCGAGCCUCCACUAUAGAAAUGAUCAAAAUAUAUGUAUGACAGAUACGAUCUCUUUGUAAUAAAGUAUU